GCGCGAGGACCAUUAAACGGGGCGUGAAUCCCUCGCUUUCUUCCCUCCCGUCGUUGAAUUCCACUCGUCGCUCCCCUCAUCGUUGACGUGGUCCCUUCCGAUCUCGACCUAACCGCGACGACCACCGGCCGCCGAUGGGCAACAACCCCUCCCGGCGCGGCCGCGCCGACAGCGGCAAGAACCGCUCCCACCUCCGGAGCACUGGCAGCAUCGGCCGCGUCCUACGCCGCCCCAAGGAGGACGUCCACUCCGCCUACUCAUUCGGCCGGGAGCUCGGGCACGGCCAGUUCGGCGUCACCAGCUUGGUGACCCACAAGACCACGGGCGAGAUGCUGGCCUGCAAGUCGAUCGCCACCCGCAAGCUGACGCACGCCGAUGACCUCGAGGACGUCCGCCGGGAGGUGCAGAUCAUGCACCACCUUACAGGCCACCGCAACAUCGUCGAGCUCAAGGGCGCCUACGAGGACCGCUCCUCCGUCUACCUCGUCAUGGAGCUGUGCGAGGGCGGAGAGCUCUUCGAUCGCAUCAUUUCCCGCGGCCAUUACUCCGAACGCGCAGCCGCCUCCCUAUGCCGUGAGAUCGUCAAUGUGGUGCACUGCUGCCACUCGAUGGGCGUUAUGCAUCGCGACCUCAAGCCUGAGAACUUCCUCUUUCUCAACACCAACGAGGACUCGCCGCUUAAGGCCACCGAUUUCGGCCUCUCCACCUUCUUCAAACCCGGAGAAUUAUUCAAGGAUGUUCUUGGUAGUGCGUACUAUAUUGCUCCUGAGGUAUUGCGAAAGAAUUAUGGACCAGAGGCUGAUAUUUGGAGUGCUGGAGUGAUCGUCUACAUUCUUCUUUCUGGCGUUCCUCCUUUUUGGGCUGAUAACGACCAAGGCAUUUUUUCUGCUAUACUACGUGGGCGUUUGGAUUUCUCAUCCGAUCCUUGGCCAAAUAUAUCAGACAGUGCAAAAGAUCUAGUGAAGAAAAUGUUAAGAGCAAACCCAAAAGAACGACUUACAGCAGCUGAAAUUCUCACCCAUCCAUGGAUAAGAGAAGAUGGGGAAGCUCCUGAUAGCCCACUUGACCUAACAGUUAUGACUAGAAUGAAGCAGUUCAGGGCCAUGAACAAGCUUAAAAAAGUAGCCCUGAAGGUGAUUGCUGAAAGCUUGUCAGAGGAAGAAAUUAUCGGUUUGAAGGAAAUGUUCAAAUCAAUGGACACUGACAACAGUGGCACAUUGACUGUCGAAGAACUGAGAGCUGGAAUUCCCAGAUUGGGUAACAUGGGAAUCAAGAUUACUGAAUCUGAAGUUCAGCAAUUGAUGGAAGCAGCAGAUGUGGAUGGAAAUGGGUCUAUUGAUUAUAUGGAAUUUAUCACCGCUACAAUGCAUAUGAACCGAAUGGAAAAAGAAGAUCAUCUGUACAAGGCGUUCCAGUAUUUUGACAAGGACCAGAGCGGAUACAUCACCAUUGAGGAACUGGAGCAAGCUCUCAUGGAUUACAACAUGGGGGAUCAACAAACAAUUAAGGAGAUAAUUGCUGAAGUUGAUAUUAACCAUGAUGGGAGAAUCAAUUAUGAGGAGUUCGUAACCAUGAUGAGGAAUGACAGCUGAAGUUAUUCAUAAAUGAUAGUUGUUUCCACAAUGGAGUUCAGUACAGCAAUAUAUCCAUGAUACAUAGCUUCAGUCGCACUAAUUCGGCGAAGGACUACUGCCAUGGCAAGGAAACAAGUAACUUUCCCUUUAGUAAACAAAAAAAAAAAAAAUGAUGUAAACUUAACCCGAAACAUUAUCUUGUAUAUCUGAAUCUGUUCUUACAACUCCACUUUUUCCCCCUCCUUUUUAAAUUCUCAUUCCUUCAUUUUUUUAUUCCAUUGUUUGAAUGGAUUUGGUGUAUGAGUUCAUAAACACUUGAAGUUUUUUUAUCUACUCUUCUGAUGGCUAA